UGGAGGGCCUGAGAUUGGGGCUCUGAUAAAUCUUUGAGAGAGUCUGUGGAGUUUUGAGUUUUGUAAUCAGAGAGACGGGUGUAGUUGGGAAUGCAGAGAGAUGGUAAGAGCUUCGCUGAGAAAGCCUGAGUUGAGUUGGCGAGCCAAGCGGUGUCUCGGCGGCAGGACCUGCCACCGGAAACACGUAGAGGACGGGUGACCGUCCGAUCUUCUUCGGCUAGCUCCUAUCUGUAAAUUCACCUACCCAAGUUCAGAUUCUGUUGGUUUCUUUGUUUUUUCUGUAAUUGAAAGUAUAGCUAGAAAUGGGUGAGAAGGGUAGAGAUGGCAACUCCACGUUGCUCCACGGGAAGUACGAGCUGGGUCGGCUUCUGGGUCACGGUACUUUCGCGAAGGUGUACCACGCGAGGCACUUGCAGACCGGGAAGAGCGUGGCGAUGAAGGUGGUGGGGAAAGAGAAGGUGAUAAAGGUGGGGAUGAUGGAGCAGAUCAAGAGGGAGAUCUCGGUGAUGAAGAUGGUGAAGCACCCGAACAUCGUCGACCUCCACGAGGUGAUGGCCAGCAAGUCCAAGAUCUACUUCGCCAUGGAGCUCGUCCGUGGCGGGGAGCUCUUCUCCAAGAUCGCCAAAGGCAGGCUGAAAGAGGACGUGGCCAGAGUUUACUUCCAGCAGCUCAUCUCCGCCGUCGAUUUCUGCCACAGCCGCGGCGUCUACCACCGUGAUCUCAAGCCCGAAAAUCUCCUCCUAGACGAAGAGGGCAAUCUUAAAGUCACCGACUUCGGGCUCAGCGCGUUCACGGAGCACUUGAAGCAGGAUGGGCUCUUGCACACCACUUGUGGCACGCCGGCGUAUGUGGCUCCUGAAGUUAUCGGUAAAAAAGGCUACGACGGCGCCAAAGCCGACCUCUGGUCUUGCGGCGUCAUUCUCUACGUCCUCCUCGCCGGGUUUCUACCAUUCCAGGACGAUAACAUCGUCGCCAUGUACAGGAAGAUUUACCGCGGAGACUUCAAGUGCCCGCCUUGGUUCUCCUCCGAAGCGCGCAGGCUCAUCACGAAGCUGCUCGACCCGAACCCGACAACCCGAGUCACCAUCUCCAAGAUCAUGGACUCUUCCUGGUUCAAGAAGUCCGUCCCCAAGAGCGCGAGACCCAACAACGAGGCGGAACUCGAGGACGCCGUUUUGGAGAAAUAUUCAAGCAAGAAGUCGGAGACUUUGAACGCGUUCCACAUCAUAUCGUUGUCCGAAGGGUUCGACCUGUCGCCACUGUUCGAGGAGAAGAAGAGGGAGGAGAAGGAGGAGCUGAGAUUCGCGACGACGAGGCCGGCGAGCAGCGUGAUAUCGAGGUUGGAGGAGGUUGCGGCCAAGGCUGGGAAUUUCAGCGUGAAGAAGAGCGAGUCCAGGGUGAGGCUUCAGGGCCACGAGAGCGGGCGCAAAGGGAAGCUGGCUAUUGCUGCGGAGAUCUUCGCCGUGACGCCGACGUUUCUAGUCGUCGAGGUUAAGAAGGACAACGGCGACACCCUGGAGUACAACAAUUUCUGCAACAAGGAGCUCCGGCCGGGGCUCAAGGACAUACUAUGGACCUCCCUUGCAGAGAAUCCCGCUCUGGGUUAAUGAAGAUUAAUAUUAAUCUGUGUUGAUUAUUGUUUAGACCAUUGAUGUUGAUAUUGAUGAUGUUGUUAUUGUUGUUGUUGUUACUGUUCUGAAUUAAGGUGGCAAAUUGAAGGACCACGGUGUCUUAAAAUUGUGUUUGGAUUGAUGUUUGGUGGUGGUGGUUGUAUUGGCCCGAUCGAAAAGUUGAUUUUGUGAAUCAGUGAAUUCAGUUGUUCAUUCAUUCGUCGCCUGUGCUGAUGUUUUCAUGUUUGUUUGAACGUGUGCAAGUGGAUGGGGUUUGCUUUGUUCUCA